AUGGUGGGGCAUCGCAGAGAUCAAAGUGAUUCCAAUGUCCCAUUGCGGCAGUGCUCUGAAUUCCAUCUUUGUUCGUCCACUGGUAGUUCACAUGAUGUUAACAUUCAAAUUCAGUCCACAGAUGCAGUUGUAAUGCAGAACGGGAUGCUAGGUUCCAGCUCGGUGAACCAUUCUAGUGAACAGUCGUGGGGCCAUCACCAGAACACUAUCGAACGUCCGGUUGGUCAAAAUUUCAUUUUCCUUUGUUAG